AUGGCGGAAGUUGAAGAAAAAGUGGUGAUGACACCAAAAUGUAAGACUGCAAAUUCGACUACCUUGGUAAUUGAGAGGAAAGCAGUUGAACCAGAAGCCAGUGAUAAAAUCCAUGUGGCUGGAGGAGACCAUACAGGGAUCAUCAUAAAUAAAGAAAAAAAUUAUGAGAAUGGAGUGACUGAGCCUUGCCAUGCGCAGUUAGAAUUCUACGUAUAUUUGGUGUCUGGCGCGACAGGAACACACACGAGAGAGGCUCGAGCGUUACGUUUCUGGUUCAAACCGAAUAUGACACCAAAUGAAAGGCCGUAUGAAGCACAAGCGUUCUUCCGUGAACUUGUCAGCCCUCAAGAUUUUCCUAAAGAUUACGUGGGUUACAUUAAAAAGAUAAUGAAAUUGAUGCAGCACAAAUAUAAUCAACUUAAGUUAUUAGAAGUAGAAUUAAGACAAGAGGCAGCCGGUCCUCCUUUACCUGCGUACAUUGAAGAUAGUGUGUUGAACCAAACGCAAGUGAUCUCAGAACAAAGAGUAUUGGACAUGAUAGAAAAUGCAUAUCCCAACCCAUUGACUGUUGACGAUUUUGUCACAGCGGGGAAAUGGUCGAAGGCAGACGUGAAAGAUGCGCUGGAAGCGUUAGAGGAGAAAGGUUUGACUCGGGCCAUGUCAGAAGGUGUUUACGUCCGACAACAUAGUGUAGAUACACAGGUUGUGAAACAAAUGCCACAGUUGUGUUCAUCACGCCAGCCGAGUAUAGCUGUGAUAACCGCGUUGUACUGCGAGAAACAAGCCGUGGAUGCCAUGAUGGACAACCAAGAGACUUAUGUGCGAUACACCACUGUUGGGGAAUCCAACGUGUAUACUUUGGGUACCAUCGGUAACCAUCGGGUGGUAACCACUAAACUCCCAUCCGUGGGUCGAACACGAGAAGCAAUGACAGCUGCUGGUAACACCACCACAAGACUGCUUGGUAUCUUCCAAAAGGUGGAGUAUGUGUUUCUUGUCGGCGUUGGAGGCGGGGUACCUCACUACACAGAUUAUGCCAGGCACGUUCGUCUUGGCGACGUCGUAGUGUCAUCACCUGCGCCCGAUUUACCCGACAAGUACGUGUACAUAUUCUGCGAGAAAGCAGAGAAGAACGCGAAAGGUGGAUGGGACUACGAAGUGAAACCGUACAAACCAGCUGAUUUUCUUCUGCAAGAUAUUGCACAGCGCCUGAGCAACGCAAAACCUCUGUGGGACGCGUUCGUUAGUGAAGGUUUGGAACGACUUCGAGGCGUGCCUGGGAGAUGGGAAGCUCCGGAAGGUGCCACAGACCGACUCUGCGUGGACAUCGGAGAAGGUGCCUUCAUAGAAGUGUCACAUCCAGCACCACAAGGAGACCAAGUUGACAGGGUUGGCAGUGGUCUUCGCGUUCAUCUGUCGCCUGUAGCGGGUGGCCGUGCAGUGAGUGGUACUGGGGAGGCACGAGCGGCCUUCGCUGCGCAUGCGCGGGCCCUCGCCUACGACUGCGAGCUAGACGCCGUACUCGACAGCGUCGUUGGAAACAGAAAAGAUUGCUUCGUUUCUAUUCGAGGCAUAUCAGACUACCGCGACGGUACUCGUGGCAAGGACUGGCAGCCGCACGCGGCACUCGCAGCCGCCGCCGUAAUGAAAGCGAUCGUCGCUGCAAUGCCGCCCCCUACCGACUAA